UGCUGCCUUUCUUGAGGGAGUCGCGGACAUUUAAAACUCUCACCUUCGCUACAACACUAUCGAUUGAUGAUCUGAAACUAGCGUGCGUGCUGAGAAAGCAGCAGGAUAAUGAUAAAUGCUGGCAUCCCUUUAAUAUCUCUGGAGCACAAGAGUUUCUUUUCCCACCGAGGACUCGUCUCCAUCACAAAUGUAGCCCAGCAGAGGCGACUUGACCAGGCCGCUGCACAGACACGGAGGCGGGUUUGUUGUGUUCAGACUCGGCUGGAUGCUGAACAUGGUGCCACUUUACAGCUCUGUAUUGAAUACCUGCUGCCCUGCCGUCAGCUUGUUUCUGUAAUUCCCCAGCUGUCUUAAAAUGGACGGGGCCUUUUUGGUAAAGGCUAUUCAGGGACUCUGAACCGGCUCAUGAGUGGCCAUGCAUGUAGGAUUUAGCCUGGACCGGCUUGUUGGGAUGUAGGGCGAAUAUCCGCGGAUAUUUCCAAACGCAAUAUAGAAGAGAAAACAGCUCAUAUUCAUGGGGAUGGCUGGCAGGGGAGAUGCGUCUACAGUGGGCUGGAUGAGAAAUAAUGAGGACCCCUGCUCAGAGGAUUUCACUCAGCUCAAACAUUAUUGGCACCUUAAAUAGUCUGUUCCAUACUGAAAUUAAUCUGACAAUCAGUUGUGGUUUUUAUUAACAACUGUGGAUGUCUCUAUAGCUUUGUAGUCAAGACAUUAGUUCUCAAUGGGAUGAUAUUAAGUACAGAAGAGGAUAUGUAUUUAUUAGCUCAGGAGAUUCAAAACUAUAAAGGCAUCACAGGCCCAGAUUUUGCUUUUGUUAAAUUUGUGUGAACAGCAAUGUAGGGGUAAUUCAUAAUAAGUAUGUAACUGUUUUAUUAAUUGUAGGCAGAAAUUGAGAUCCCAGAGAGGGAAAUAAUGUCGGAUGGAUUUAAUUUCACAGUUCAUUCUCUGAUCAGGAACUCAUCAGACUGAAGUGAUCUUUACAAAAGAUUUCAUUAGACCUGCUGCUUCUUAGAUAAACCCAUAUUCAUGUCUCCUGUGACAGCCUGUGGCAGCUUUUUAAAAGACACAAUUGUGGAAACAAUCUAUUAGGUUUCCAGGGGUUACACUCAUUGAUUUGCUCUGCUCUUCUGCUCUGAUCUGAGAGUCAUUGUUUGACCUGAUGUACAUUGUCCCUGAAUGAACUUGCCUUUGGGAAUACAUGUUACUUACACACUGCGUAGCAACAGCACAGCAGCAACCGGUGACAGGAUUUGGCACAGUUUCAACAGCGAGAUGUGGUGAUGGGGGAGAGCAGUUGCAGCUCUCUGAUCCUCUGAUCCCCUCUCCCCCCUGCUGGUGGUCGAGGACACCUCGUCUCAGUCAAUGGGCCCUGUAUGGAUUUUGUGCCUGAGUUGACAGAGGGCAGGCCGACAGCGUCAAACAGCAGUCAGGCUGCCAUGAACCCAUACGGCAGAGCGAGCAGCACAGCAGCCCCCCUGUCCUGCACCAGCUGUGGGGGCUGCUGCUCCCCGCCUCCCCCUUGCCUAAUCCCGCCUGGGCCCCCCUCCUCUACUACCUCCUCCUCCUCCAUGCCCCCGAAUAUGACCCCUCCGCCGCCGAUGUUUCCGGCUCCGGUUGUGCAGGUGGAGAAUGGCAGCAGCUGGAACUCCUCCACCAUCUCUUCCUCCGGCUCCCCAGAUUCCCACCCUGGUCACCGCUGUGGGGCCAACAACCCCAACCCCUACUGGACGGCAGUGUUUGACUAUGAGGCCACAGCAGAUGAGGAGUUAACCCUGCGGCGUGGGGACCUUCUUGAGGUUCUCUCCAAAGACUCAAAAGUGUCUGGGGAUGAGGGUUGGUGGACAGGCAAGAUCCAGGACAAGGUGGGUAUCUUUCCAAGUAACUACGUCACGAGGGGGGACGCUGCCAGCUACCAGCAGCUGACCGCAGGAGGGCUGGUGGCAGGUGGGGUGGGUGAAUGCCCCUUGGAGAUAGACUUCUCAGAACUGCUCCUGGAGGAAGUGAUAGGAGCUGGUGGGUUUGGAAAAGUAUACAAAGGAGUGUGGCGGGGAGAGGAAGUAGCAGUAAAGGCUGCAAGGCAGGACCCUGAUGAGGAUAUCAGUGCCACAGCAGAGAGCGUGCGGCAGGAGGCCAGGCUGUUCUGGAUGCUCCGGCACCCCAACAUAAUCGCACUCCGUGGGGUCUGCCUGCGGGAGCCCAACCUGUGCCUGGUGAUGGAGUAUGCCAGAGGAGGGGCUCUGAACCGGGCCCUGGCUGGAAAGAAGGUUCCCCCGAGGGUUCUGGUGAACUGGGCUGUUCAGAUUGCCACGGGGAUGGACUACCUACACAACCAGGCAUUUGUACCUAUCAUCCACAGAGACCUUAAGUCCAGCAAUAUCCUCAUUCUGGAGCCGGUGGCGCGCGACGACCUGAGCGGGAAAACCUUGAAGAUCACAGACUUCGGUCUGGCCAGAGAGUGGCACCAGACCACCAAGAUGAGUGCAGCGGGGACCUACGCCUGGAUGGCCCCAGAGGUCAUCAAGCUCUCCCUCUUCUCCAAGAGCAGCGAUGUGUGGAGUUUCGGUGUGUUGCUCUGGGAGCUGCUGACCGGCGAGGUUCCUUACCGGGAGAUAGAUGCACUGGCGGUAGCUUACGGUGUUGCCAUGAACAAGCUAACACUUCCCAUCCCUUCAACCUGCCCUGAGCCUUUUGCUCAGCUGCUGGGAGAGUGCUGGAGCCCCAACCCCCACAGCAGGCCCUCGUUCACCAGCAUCCUGAGAAGACUCUUGGCAAUCGAGCAGUCGGCCAUGUUCCAGAUGCCUCUGGAGUCCUUCCACUCCUUACAGGAAGACUGGAGGCUGGAGAUCCAGCAGAUGUUUGACGAGCUCAGGGCCAAAGAGAAGGAGCUGAGAUCUUGGGAGGAGGCGUUGGCUCGAGCAGCCGAGGAGCAGAGGGAGCAGGAGGAGCAGCUGAGGAGGAGAGAGCAGGAGCUGGCGGAGAGGGAGAUUGACAUCGUGGAGCGAGAGCUAAACAUCAUCAUCCACCAGAUGUACCAGGAGAAACCCAGCGUGAAGAAGAGGAAGGGCCACUUCAAGAAGAGCAGAUUACUGAAGCUGGGUCGAGACAGCAACUGUAUCAGUCUGCCCUCUGGCUUCGAGCAUAAGAUCACAGUGCAGGCGUCUCCCAGUGUGGACAAGAGGAAGACCCAGGGGAGCGAGAGCACCACCCCGCCUGCCAGUCCGGGGGUCAUACCCCGACUGAGAGCCAUUAGAUUGACACCGAGCGACGGCAGUAAGACGUGGGGACGCAGCGCUGUGUGUAAGAAAGAAGACCUGACGACCAGCAAGAAGAAAGGACGCACCUGGGGACCAAGCUCCACCCACCAGAGAGAGAGGGUCGGCGGGGAGGAAAAGCUGAAAUCACUCGGUGAGGGAUGUAAAGUUUGGUCAUCCAGUGCACCAAAUCUGGGCAAAUCCCCCAAACAUGCACCCAUGACUGCUGGCUUCUCCAGCCUGAAUGAAAUGGAGGAGUGCGGUGAGUUUGAGGAGUCACCAGGGUCCUUGCUGCCCUCAGAGACCAGCAGUAACGGGGCUGUGGAGGAUUCGGGGUCUCUGUGGGGUAGCCUGGGACCCAACAUGAUACCGGCUCUUGGGGUGUCUAAUAUGGCCUCCUGUCAGGGUCCUGGAGGCCCGGGGGUGGGUGUGAGCUACCAGGACUCGCUCCGUCGCUGCAACCAGAGGAAGAAGAGUGACAUGUUGUUGUUGGGUUGUGCCUCUCUGCUCGCAUCUGUUGCCCUUGGACAAGACCUGCUGCAGCUGGGAAAACUGCAGGUGCUUCAGGACGAGCAGGACCUCAGAGAGGAGCAGCGUAAGAAGAAGGAGGGUCUCUUCCAGCGGACGGGACGUUUUCGUCGCAGCACCUCUCCACCCAGCCGAAACCUCUCCCUCUCCCUCUCCAGACAUCAUGACUCCACGCUCCCCUGCAUGGACCCUUCUCCCUCUGUUACACUCCUCUCUUUGUCCUCUCUGUCUGACUGCAACUCCACCAAGUCCCUCCUCCCCUCCGACCCCGACGAGUACCCCCUGACCCCAAUGACAGGGGUCAAAGUACCUGCUGCGCCUCCGGCUCCUACCCUCAACCCGCUCUUAGACCUGCGGGCAGAGAGCUUCAAGAAGGAGCCCAACCAGUCGCUCACGCCGACCCACGUGUCUGCAGCCAUGGCCCUGAACAGAGGACACAGACGCACCCCUUCAGACGGGGCGAUACGACCCCGGGCCCAAACUCUGGGACACCACAGGACGCCGUCUGAUGGGAGCAUGCCCAUGCCUCCUCCGCCGGGGGUACCACACCUCACAGCAAGCAAAGGUACACAGGACACUCUGGACAUCCCCCGACUCCCCGACCCCGCCACCCUCUUCCCAGUCCCUCAUCGGCGUAAAGCCCCUGCUCCACCGAUCCCUGACCCAGCUCCUCUCUGCCUCAUCAGCCCCCUGGAGAGACCCAAGACGCUGGAGUUUGCCCCCCGGCCGCGGCCCACCCCGGCCAGGAUGAGACCCGACCCCUGGAAGCUGGGCUCUCUCUCUCGGACCCUGAGUUCGUCGCCGGGCAGCAGCUGCGACAGCCCGCUCGGUUCAGGUGACAGCACCGCCGGCGCCGCACGACCAAACCUGAUGGACAUGGACGUGGAGGGCCAGAGUUUGGACCACACUGUCCCUCUGUGUGGACAGCUGCAGCCUGCCACUCUGUGUGGACAACAAUACUCAUAGUGAAACACAGCAAGUGAACAUUUCCAAUUCUGAAUUUUUUUGCAUUCAAUCCUGUUCCAGGACAUUAGAGCAUGGGCUGAAUAAAGAACGCCUUCUGAUGUCUGAGCCGAGCAAAGUGCACUCACCGAAGAAGGCAAAAACAACCCACUACUUGUCAUGAUUUUAGGCACUUACUGGAAGCCAUCGCUCUCUCGUGUGCCCUUUUAGUGUCCUAAUAAGGUGUGUGAACCCCGAACAGCAAGCCUUUCCCUGAUAGUGCUCUCUAACUUGCACGACACUGAGCGUCCUAGAGGUCUCAUAAAAGCCUUGUAGUGUGCUCACCUACCUACUUUAACCCAAACACUACUUCUUUCCCUCCCUGGAAGCCAUCACUACCUGCUUCUUAGUGACCCAUGACCAGGUUGCAUUUCCUUCAAGACUCACAACCUUCAAAAGCCAUUCAAGUACUUUAAAAAGCCACUUUUUUGACUUUGCUAACUGUUCAUUUCAACCCAUCUGCUUGUGCUUUUGCCUGUCUGUGUAGCCACCCACUUUCUGCUUGCAUCUUUCCUGCCUCCCACUCCCAAAGACCACACAAAUCUUUCAUCAUUCACUGUUUCACCUAAACAUUUGUUGUUUCAGGAGAAGUUUCCAAGAGAAAAAGAAGAGCUGGACUGUUUAGAAUUCUUAAUAGAGACUGUCCUUUUUCUUCGUUUGUUCUGCCGGUACACAAACAUCUCCCAUAAACUCCUCACGUGUCAUCUCUCUGCAUGGGGGUUAUCGUCCUCUCCCUUCCAACACUGAGACAGGAAAAAGCCUUUUUCUCACAGCACUGGUGGACUGGUGAUAUCUUCAGCCUUGUACAGUAAAAAAAAAACAACAAAAAAAAACAGAGUUUAUUUUCUCAGUGCUUGCACCAUCCCUGCAGCAAACCUGUUAGCAAAAAUGUUUUUCUAUUGGUUUGGCAGACCAGGUGUGUUUCUCUAUGUGUGAAUGUGUAUAUAUUACU